UGACCAAUUGUGUCCAUGUCUGCACUCUCAGAGGACAACAUGAGGACAAUCAUUGCUUUGAUUUUGGGUGCGUCGUGCAUGGUGGUCUUGCAUGCACUAUGUCCAGAACCUAACACGUUGACAGAUUUUAACGGCAAUAAGAUUUGUGCACGCCUGUUUGAAGACAGUCACUACGUGUACGAUCAAAGUUGUGGUGGAGAGGCUCUCGAUAUCCACAAAGAUGACGACGUCCCGAUCAUGCCGUACAGUUGGAGAAACCGUGCCUCCUCCUUGGUGGUGUCAAGCCGCUGCUCCCUGACUGUGUGGUCACGAAUCAAGAAGGAAGGAAGCAAGCGCAAAUUCUCAGCAGGAAUUCAGUACCGUCUCAAAGAUGUGGGCCAGGGCCUGUUCGGGAACUGGGACAACGACAUCGCCGCGCACUACUGCACCUGCUAGAUGUGGAGGUCGCUGCAGCAAGUUUGCUUGUCACUGAGCACAAAUAAAUGAAUGAAGUUUA